GCUAACUACCGGCUCGGAGCUGAGCUGCUGUCCAUCGCGCUCUAUAAAGAUAAACGGUUUUACUCCAGCUGUAAUUAGCUUUGGCAGAAAUCUAACAGCAGAAUGGCGUUUGACAUGGCUGACUCACAAUACCUUCUCAUUCUGGCACCUUCACUGGUCAUUGUCCUCAUGUUUCUCUUCUUCUGGCUCUUCAUGAAAGAGACCUCUUACGACGAAGUUCUGGCCCGGCAGAAACGAGACCUAAAGUUGCCACCUGUUAAGACAGAUGUGCGCAAAAAGAACGAGAAAAAGAAGAACAAAAAGAAGGAGACCACUGAAACUGGAGGGGGACGAGGUGAUGAAUUUGAAGAAGAUCUUGACUUUGGUGCGCCUGAUGUCUCCACUCCAGUUGAGAAUGAUGAUGAGCCUGAGGUGGUGCCUGUAGCAGUGGCAGUCGCUGCCCCUGUACAAUCGGAGCCUCCUGCUGGCGUGAGGGAAAGAAAGAAAAAAGAGAAGAAGGCAAAAGCUGCUGCCUUUGCUGUAACAGCUACUGUUUCUUCUCCUGUCAUUGCCAAGGAACCAGAGAUCAACGGUUCAAAGCCUGUUGUUCACAAGGAGCACCCUCUGCCACUUGCUAAACAGCCUCUACCCCUCACGAAACAACCCAGUCCGGCAAAACCGCAGACCACUCCGCCUGCUCCAGCCGAAACAACUAGCAAGAAGAAAGGCAAGAAGCAGAAGACUGAGAAUGAAGCAGCUGUGGCUGAGGUAAAGCCUGAUCAGUCUCCUGUUUUGGUGAAGAAGGAGGAACCUGUUCUAGCAAUUCCCAAAGUGCAGGAUGAUGCUGCACCUGUUGCUGUUGUACCUGCACCCACCGCCUCCACCGGCAGUGGCAGAAGAAGAAACAAGAAGCAAAAGACAGAGGCUGCUGUUACAGUCAAUGAGUCUCUGCUCCAGUCCUCUCCUCCUGUGACCCUGACCGACGCUGCUCCUUCAGCAAACCACCAGAACAGCAAAAUUGAUGAAGCUCCUGGGCCUGCCUCACCUCCAGCUUCCAUUUCUACCAAACAAAGCAAGAAACAAAAGAAUGAAACUGACAAAGAAAACUCAAGGGUGAAGCUGAAGGAACUGCUGGCCAGUCUGGGUGGACUGGUGUUAACUGAUGCAGAUGUUGUUUCUGUGGUCUCUCUGCUCCGCAACAAGAGCCCCAAUGCCCUGGACACCUGGUAUAAGUCUGCAGCCAAGUUUGAACCCUCAGCUCAGCAACUGGCAGAAAAAGAGCGUCUGUUUACCACCCUGAAGGAAGAAGCCUCUAUCGCCAAGGACAAAGUCAAACAGCUUAACCAGGAGUUGCAGGCUGAAAAGCAGAAAAGCACUCGUGCAGAAGCUGUGCUGCGGGAACAGCGGGUUGCCAUGGAGAAAGAGCUGAACGUCAUGCAGGCCAAAACCCAGGGAAGUUACCAGGAGCUUCAGUCCAUGCAAAUCAAGUUCCAGAAGGUGAGGGAGCAGUUGGAGGGGCAGAUCAUCAAACUGCAGAAUGAAAACAGUAUCUUCAGAGAUGCUGUUAGCACAACAUCCAGCCAGAUGGAGCAGGCAAUGGAGCUGGAGCAGCUGCAAUCCAAGUGCUCGGGGCUUUUGAAGGACCUGUCGGAGACUAAAAACAAGCUGCAGCAGGAGGAACUGCAGAGGAAGAGCCUGGAGGCCAACUAUAAGCAAAAUGUGGCCCAGCUUGAGGCCCAGCUACAGGAUGCUAAAAGACGGUGGGAAGAACUGCAGAACUAUUUGCACAGUGUCAACACCGAGAGAGAAAAACUACAGGCUGCCAAACAAGAGCUGCAGAGUCAACUGCUAGUGGUGGAGACUGAGAUGAGUAAUAAGAAAAAGGAGAUCCAGACUCUCCACAGCAGUCUGACAGACACCAUUGUGUCCAAGAAGCAGGUGGAGCAAAAGGUCAUGCAACUGCUAGAGGUCUCAACGCAUAACCUCCAACCUGACAACUCACUGCAGGCUCAAGUGCAGGACCUUAUGAAUGACAACAAAGCACUUCAAGUUCAAAUUGAGACUCUUCAGCACCAGGUUGCCUCUCAGGUAGCUCAGGCUAAUGCAGUAUCCAAUUUUGAGGAACUACAAAAACUACUGGCUGAUAAGGAGCUCCAGAGGAAGAGUCUGGAGGAUUCCCUUAAUGCAGAGAGGAGCAGUGGGGCAAGCAGGGAGACCAACAUGCAGGCCAUUCACAAUGAGAACAUGGCCUUAAAGGCUGAGCUCCAGAAUCUGCAGGCACAGAUUUCUGAAAAGGCUUCCUCUCAGCUGGCAUUGGAUCAACUAAAGCAGAGCUUGCAAGAGAAGGACGAGAAGAUUAAGACAGUGGAGGUGCUGCUGGAAACCAGCCUUAUUCAGGUGGCCAAUAAGGAAGAGGAACUUAAGACCCUAAAGGAAGACAGCGAUAAUCUGAGGUGGCACAUUAACACCCUGCAGCAUCAAACAGCAGAGCAGAAUCAGUCUGAGGCAACACGGCUAGAGGAGCUGCAGAAGCAGAUUCAGAUCAAGGAUGAGAAGAUCAAAACGGUUGAGGACAGUUUAAAGUCAGCGCUGGAGAAAGAAUCAAGUAGAGUAAAAGUUAUUGAUGAUCUUCAGCAGCAGUUGGAGACUCUCACCUCCGAACUAAGCAAGGUAAAAAGCAGGGAAACUCAGGAGAGCUCUGACUCAAAAGCUCAGCUUCUGGACCUUCAGACACAGUUAGCCACUAAAGACCAGGAGAUCCAAAGAUUACAGAAACAGAUGAAAGAAAAGGCCAGAGAAGCAGAGCAAAUGAUGGGAGCCAGUGCUCAGCUUACGGAGCUGAAGACUCUGUUGGCUACUAAGGACCAGGAGCUUCAGACACUACAAAAAGAGAUGGAGGUUAGGACCAGAAAAGCUGAAGAAAAGAUAGAGCAGUCACAGCAACAGGUGGUAUCAGCAGUUCCCAGUCAGGAGUUUUUGUCAGCGAUUGCAGAGAAGGACCGGCAUCUUUCUGAUGUUCAGGCUGAACUGCUUGAGUUGAGGGAGAAAAUGGAGCUUCAAAGAAAGAAGAAUAAUGAGCUUCGGGAGAAAAACUGGUGCGCUAUGGAGGCGCUGUCAGCCACCGAGACCAUGCUACAGGGAAAACUCAACAAGACAGUCAAGGAGAGUCAUUUAGCUCUGGAGUGUGCUGAGGCUGAAUGCCGAGCAGUUCUACACAGACUUCUCCCACACGUUCCUCUGCCGAAUGACCAGAGUCAUAAAGAGUGGCUGCAGAACUUUGAACAUUCAUUGAUGAAUGCUGGAGGAGUGGCUGUUCAUGAGGCAAACUGUGCACCAGACAGCAUUAAAGACGAGGGUUUGGCAGAAAAGCUGAAGAAAGCUGAGGAAGCUCAGAAGGUUUUACAGAAAGAUUGUGAGACAUACAAGAAAGUUCUAGCAGAGACGGAAGGUAUCCUGCAGCGGCUGCAGAGCAGUGUCGAGCAGGAGGAGUGUCGCUGGAGGGAGAAGCUGGAGUUGGCCCAGGCCGAGAUCAAAGAGAUGACUUUGAAGAUGACCGUGUUGGAACAGGAAGUGGACAGACUGAGUGCAGAUGGAGAACUGGAGACUCUAAGCAGAGAUAAGCAGCAUUUGGAAGCUGAAUUAGAGAGAGCAGAGCGGGAGAGCGCCACCUAUGUGUCUGAAGUUAGAGAGCUUAAAGAUCUCUUGACCGAGUUGCAAACUAAGCUUGAUGGCUCUUAUACAGAGGCUGUCAGGCAAAAUGAGGAGCUGAAUUUGCUGAAGACACAGCUGAGUGAGACUUUGGGGAAGCUGGAGAUGGAGGAGAGUGAGAGGCGGAAAGUUGCUGGAGAUCUUUACAAGGCGCAGCAAUCUCUAGAACAGAUCCAGGAUGAGAUUUCGAAGGAAGCAGGUCGAGCAGAUCUGAUCGAGAACAGUAACCUUACCACACAGACGGAGGACAUAGACCACAAGGAGAAGAUGGCUGCAGGGCUGAACCAAACAGUACGAGAACUACAGGAAUUACUACAAGCUAUCAACAGACAGCUUACCAAGGGACACGACAGGGAUAAUGGGAAAAAUUAACUGAAUUAAAGAGGCAGUCAACAGAUUGUCUCUAAACACCACAGAUCUCUCAUCAAUCUCUGACCUAAUCUUUGUUCCUUUCACACCAAACCUGACUCUCCAAACCUACAGCACUAAUUCAGCCUGGCUGCAAAGAAGAGGAACUGGCCAAGACCUGGCAACACACACUCCAACAACUAAUCCUACUAGAUCCUCUUUCCUUGACUGUGUCACUGUUUCUGCAGUGAGAUUCCUCUUUAUUAAUUAAAUUGCAAGUGCAAAGCCAUCCAGACGGACAAAACGGUUAGACUCGUCAAAGUUUUGAUUUAUUUUACCCCUUUUUUCUGUUAAAACGCUUGGGAUACUACUUUUUUUAAACUUUUUUGACAGAAGGGAUUUUUAAUCCUUUUGUAAAAAUAAAUAAUAAUAAAUGGAAGAUAUUUGUUUUUAAUUACAAUUCUUAGGACCUACUGGCUCACUACAUUCUCAGUUCAUGUCCUGCGAUCUCAGCCUUGUUGAGCGUGUAACACUGGGGCUUUGUUUUUUAUGUUAUUGUAUUUGUUUUCAGGGGUACUCAUUUUCAAAUAAUGUCUGUAAUACUGACUAAGGCAGGCGGGCAUCUGUUUUGUGCUACACUUCAACGCCAGUGCAGCACGCUGGCAUUGAAAGCAGAUGCAGCAAGCAGCUGUUUCUUCUACUGUAAGAGAUUCUCAGUAAACGGCAAGAGGAGAGAAGGCAACUCAUAAUAUAUUCCGUACAUAUUAUAUUGUCUAUUUCGUUAACAGGACAUGUUUCCGUUUUUGUAAGACGUGACCAGAAUUAAAGGGAUGCUUGAUAAAUA